AUGAACAUUGGUUUACAAGAUGGACAAAAAAUUAUGGUUGAAUUUUGUAGAAAUGUAACUGAAUGUACUACAGUUCAUGUUGAACCUUUAACUGAAGAUGAUUGGGAAAUUCUGGAACUUCAUGCAGGAUAUAUUGAAGAAAAUUUAUUAAGUCAAAUUCGAGUUGUCUAUGUAAAUCAGAUCAUAUGUGUUUGGAUCCACGGCAAAACGUUGGUUCGAUUAACGGUCGCUGAAUUAGAUCCAAAACAAGAAUUUUUAAAGUUAACAAAUAAAGCAGAAGUCAUUGUUGCUCCCAAGGUACGCAAGUCUACUACUGAAGAAGUGUCUGAUAUAUCAAAUGCUGUACCACAACAAAGGGACCUACCUACGAUUAGUCUUCGUGUCUAUCCUAGUUCUCAUCCUAAUUUAUCAGUUCAGAUCCAUCCUGAUUCCCUACUGUCUUUCUUCGAUUGUGUACCUGAAAGAGUCCGAGUGACAAAAAUCAUGCCUGCCUUUAUGACAAGUAAUAAAAAUAAACAAGAUGAUGAUGUACAAUUAGAAGAAGAGAGAGAUGACUUGAUAAAUAUGAAACACCUCUUUGCUAAUCUUGUUUUGUCCAAGUCUAUCCCUUUAAACCAUAUUGCGAUGGGAUCCAUCUUAAAAUUAACUUUAGAAAUUAAAGAUUUUGAUAUUGUCAAAGUCUCAGUAACUUCCAACAAAAAGACUUCAAUUGGGUCUUUGAUUUUAAGACGACUUGUGCCACUCUCUUUAAUUAAUUCUUCUUCUGUCAUCAAAUUAGGAUUAGACAAUGUGCAAUAUCAAGCUAAACAAAAAGUAAAAUUUGAAACUGAAGCAACAAAAGCUAUACAGACAUGGAUAUCUGAACAGCAAGAUGAAUUCACACUAAGUCAGGGGACUAAAAUUGAUUUCAUCAUAGAUGGCAAAAAGGAGCAUUUUCUAAUUCAAUUAGGAGUUAAAAAGGGAUUUUUUGGUGACACUAGUAAUCAAACGAAUGCUAUCUCUAGUGUAGUAGAACAAUAUACUAUUCUGUCACCCAAGCAAACUGUGUCAAUUAAGUUUGGAGAGGAUAUUCAAACUGUUUUAGUAAAUAAUGAAGAAGAACAAGAGAAUCAAGUUAUCUUGGGUGGUGUAGAUAAAGUAUUAGACAAGAUUGAACACUAUACCUUGGCUAAUCUUUCAGAGAAAUCUAUCAAAGAUACCUUAUCUGUACCUGGAUCAGGAGGCGUGCUUAUCACUGGCUCUCAUGGUUCUGGCAAAACAAGUAUUGUCAAAACAAUUUUAAAAUCAGUCAAAUUAUCUUUGAUUUAUACAAUGGAAAUCAAUUGUUCCGAAAUUGCUGAAGAACGGAUUCCUGUCUUUAAAGAUAUGCUUCAAAAAUGGUUUGAUGAAGCAGCAUGGCACAGUCCUACUCUGAUCUUCUUUGAUGACCUUGAUCGACUUAUCCCUGCAGAAGUAGAACAUGCAGAUUCGACCCGUAGUCGACAUUUAGCUGAACUUUUUGUACGUACAUCUCUUGUAGCAUGUCAAAGAUACCCCAUCAUGUUGAUAGCCACAGCACAACAACAACAAUCUAUACAUCCAGCUUUAAUAAUACAUCAUAUCUUUAGUGAAUUAAAACAUUUACAACCACCUAAUCGAGAUGAACGAAAGCUUAUCAUGCAAGCUAUCAUGUCCAAUGGCCCAAGUAUAUUACGAAAUAGUUUAUCACAUAUUGAUCUUGUUUCAGUUGCUUCUGAAACGGAAGGAUUCUUAGCUGCCGAUAUAAAAGCCUUUAUUGAACGUACAGUUCAUGAAGGAGCCAUUCGAAAUAUCAAAAAUAAUUUAAAGGAUGAAUCAGUAGAAGAAUUGACGUUGAUACAAGAAGAUUUUACAAAAGCCCGAGAAGGAUUUGUACCUUCAUCCCUUCGUGGUGUGAAAUUACAAAGUUCAGGUGUAAAUUGGUCUGACAUAGGCGGUUUAAAUGAAACAAGAAAAGCUUUAUUAGAGACAUUAGAAUGGCCAACUAAAUAUGCAGCAGUCUUUUCUCAGUGCCCAUUAAGAUUAAGAUCAGGUGUAAAAGGACCUGAAAUUUUAAAUAAGUAUAUUGGUGCAAGUGAAAAAUCAGUGCGUGAUUUAUUUGAACGAGCUCAAGCAGCUAAACCUUGUGUCUUGUUUUUUGAUGAGUUUGAUUCUAUUGCACCACGAAGAGGACAUGAUAGUACAGGUGUAACAGAUCGCGUAGUGAAUCAAAUGUUAACUCAAAUGGAUGGAGCUGAAGGUUUAGAUGGAGUUUAUGUAUUAGCAGCAACAAGUCGACCCGAUUUAAUUGAUCCAGCUUUACUUCGACCAGGACGUCUGGAUAAGGCUCUAUUGUGUGGUAUGCCAACAUUAGAAGAAAGAUUGGAGAUUCUUCAAGCACUUUCAUCCAAAAUGAAAUUAGAGUCAACUAUAGAUUUAAGAGAAUAUGCUAAAAAAACAGAAGGGUUCUCUGGAGCUGAUCUUCAAGGGUUCUUAUAUAAUGCACAUCUUGAAGCCAUUCAUGGUACAAUAGAUAUAGACAGUUUUAAAGAAGCUCAGAAUAUAGAUAAAUCAAAGAUUGAAAAAAAUGAUUUUAUUAUAAAUCAUGGAUCAAAGAAACUUCCAUUAACAUUAGCUGAAAAAGGACACAUAUCACAAAGAUUGGCCAUGAUCAAAAAAGGAGUUUACGAUCAAAAUACAGCCAAGAAUGAAUUAGUAACUAUCAAAGAGCAUCAAGAGGCAAUUAUUACAAAGUAUUAUUUAGACAAAUCAUUAAAAUCAACUAGACCAUCUAUUACUAUUGAAGAAGCACAUAGAUUAAGUCAAAUCUAUAAUGAAUUUGUUACAGGUAGAACUGGUGAAUUACCCUCAGGAGAAGGUGAUAAAGGUAUUGGGAAACGCUCUACGCUAGGUUAA